GUUAAAAACUCUAGUAAUGAGACCAUGCUCGGAAUACUCCGACAAGGUGCCAAUGAAUCAUCAUCAGCUAGUACUACCAAAAAACCAAUUCUAAUUCUUUGUCAUGGUUUGGCUUGCCAUAAAAACUAUUUAAUAUUCCCUAAAUUAUUUGAUGAACAUUUUGAUACAUUUAGAUUUGAUUUUUCAGGUAAUGGAGAAAGUGAAGGUGAAUUUUCCUAUUCAAAUUAUUAUAAAGAAGUUGAAGAUCUUCACUCCAUUGUCAUGUAUCUCAAAGAUACUUUGAAAUAUGAGCAAAUUUCACUUUGUGGACAUUCGAAAGGAGGAAAUGUUGUUCUCUUAUACUCAAACAAGUAUCCCCAAUAUGUACAAAAUGGAAUUGUUGUGAAUUUAUGUGGAAGAUUUGAUAUGAGUAAUACUCCAAUUAAUAGAUUCACUGAAAGUGAAAGAGAAGAAUUGGCAAAGAGUGGUCGUUUCUUAUGGAAAACUUUCACCAUUGAGCUUUAUGUUACAAAGCAAGCUCUUGAAGAACGUGGGAAGGUCGAUACCAAGAUUCAAUUACAAGAAAAUUAUCCAUUGCGUGUCUACUCAAUACAUGGUGAUAGAGAUUCAAUGAUUCCAUUCUCAGAUUCUCAACAAUUCCACGAAUUUUUCAAAAAU